AAACAUUUGCAUAAAAGAGAGGAAUAUUUAACUUGAGGUAAAUAGUAACUAUCUGGCUGCGAUCGGGGAAGAACAAGGCAAUAUAUUUGAUGGCAAGGUCUCGGUGAUUGUUGCUGGUAUAUUAAGAAGGAAUGGUCAUCUACCUAAGUCAAACAUUGAAACAAUCUGAUUAACAAUGAGGAUUUUGCACACUGUGUGUCUGUUGACCAUCGGGUUUACAGCCCUGAUAGAGGCGCAGACUGCUAAUGAAACCAAGGCAUUGAUUACCAAGCUGUUAGCCGAGUACAACAAAGAUGUGAGGCCAGUUACAUAUCAGAGUGAAACCGUCUAUGUGUAUUGUUCCUUUACUUUAAAUUCAAUCAUCGACUUCAACGAUCAAGAAGAGAGUAUCAAGCUGGCUGGCUAUCUGUUGAUAAUAUGGUCAGAUGAAUUCCUCACAUGGACUCCGACUGAUUACGGAGGGAUAGACACAAUUUUUCUGCCUCAAGAUGACAUAUGGCGACCUGAUGCUGCGUUGCAGAAUGCAUUCAAAGAGGUUACAGAUCUUGGAUCUAAGUACCUGAAAGUACAAAUAGAUUCCAAAGGUCUAGUUGUUUGGGCCCCUUACCAGAUUUUUCAUUCCACUUGCGACGUCAACAUCAAGUACUUCCCGUUUGACGUACAGGAAUGCCAGAUAACGAUCACAGCUUGGAGCUACACUGAUGAGUACGUGCGCAUCGACAUAAAUGAGGAUGAUCCUAUAGAUCAUUUCCUGUACAAGGAAAACGCUAUGUGGACUCUGAUUGACACUUCCGCUGAAGCGUAUGGUCCUACAGUUAUCUUCAAAAUAAAAAUGAAAAGAAAGCCGAACCAUGUCGUCAUCAAUAUACUCGUCCCUCUUUUGCUCCUUUCGUUCUUGGCUGUUCUCACGUUCGUGCUGCCAGUAACGUCAGGAGAACGUGCCUCGUACGCCGUCACCAUUUUUCUGUCUGUGGCAGUUUUUCUGACUAUUCUUUCGUCCGAACUACCGAGCAGUUCUGAUAAUGUUCCAAUACUUUCGAUAUACCUGGCAAUAUUGUGUUUUGAUACUACUGCAAUCGUUGUUGUAACAUUGUUGCAACUGAGACUUCUCACAAGAGAUGAAAGCGACCAACCUGUCAACGGAUGUUUCAAGAUCAUAUACAGCAUUACAAUGGCAAUUCGAUGCAAAACGGGGGGAAAGAAAAGAGGGCACAGUAACAACAAUGAAAACAACGGAGUUGAUGUAAUGACUAAAACACUAUCAUGGCUUGAAGUUGUUAAUGCUCUUGAUUUUCUGUUUUUUUGGUUUUUUCUCUUCUGUACUGUGGCCGUCACUACAUACUAUUUUGUAAUAUGUACAACGAACCAAUCGGAUGAAGAAAACCUGCAAGAAAUUGGCAACUUUUAAUGUUUGUGAAUGUAUGUAAAAAUGUUCCUAGAGAUAUGAAACUUUAUACUUACGACAUGUGUGUUAGAGAGAAUCGAACGUACGAUAACAUUAUACAUAUUUGUAACAUUUAUGUUAUGUCUUUGUUUGUGUACCAAUAUGAGUAAAUUUCAUCGUUCUCGUGUACACAUUGUAUGCUACAGUGAGAUAAGUAAACUUGAGUGAAUUUGUAACAAUGGUUUAAUUAAAUACAAAUGUAUGUCAUAUUUAUUUCUUUAAAUCAGAAAGCCGCUUUUACCGUUGCUAGGGGAACUUCACUGUUUUACACUUUCUUUUAAUGUCAAACAACAUCUUCACUUACACACAAACUGCUAUUUUCAGUCUUGAUUUUUUUCAGUGUUUCAGUAUUUUGUUUCUGCGUCCGAGGUAUAUGACUUUUAAAAUUUAUUUAUAGCAUUUUUUUUCAUUUGUCAUUUCAACUAGAAUUUUGUAAAAAAUCAAUCUGGAUAAUACACAAGCAAAGGUCGAGACUUACUGUAUUUCACAAGGAUCGUGAGAGGACACGAGGGAUUGAAAUCGAAUGUCCACAUCUGAAGUCAGUUAUCCCUUCAUUUUUUAAUUAUAAGUGUUUUCGAUGUGCGAAAUGUCCUAAAUGUAUUGAAACGAAACAUGUACAAAAUCUCUGGGUAAUAAAGUUAAAUGGAACGAAGUGUCAAAUUUCCAUUUUCGUUUUUGUUCCGAUUAGUUAUGAACUAUUUCAUCGAGAAUACGUUAAUGACACACAUUUAGCCUGUUGCAAGUCAUUCACUUAUGUUCGAUUGAAUGGUUGAUGAUGUUUGAAUAAAGUAGUAUAAUUCUUCUUCCAGCAGUACUUUGAGUACUUUGAUUAUAUAAUUGACAAAUCUAGUGUUUUGACAGUGAUCAUACCUUAAUUACCCAUAUUAAUGCAUAGUUUUAAACCUAUUAUAUGAUAUGUGAAUAGUCUAACGUUUGUACAAUGAUCAUAUCAUUUCCCAUACGAUUUCAUAGUUUUAUUGAUUUAAUGAUUUAAUACGGUGUUUUUGUUUCUGUAAUGUUUUCAAGUUAUUGCGGUCUCUAAAAAGUGCUAUACUUUUAAUUGAGCAAAGUUUGCUAGUUAGAUAAAUGGAUCUUGAAUACUAGUUUACGCCAAUUCCUUAGGUAUCAUAACGUUUCAUUGUCUGUUUUGAUGGAAUAACCAAAAUAUCUAUUCAUCAACAAAUAUUGAUAUUUGAAAUUCUAUGGCAACUAUUAAGUUGUGUUUUUCUUGUGCAUACAGUGUUUAAAAAAUAAAACAUAUAUCAAAGUGCAAUAUAUUACCUACAUUUAGCUGUUGUGAUUGUAUUUAUAUGUUUAUGAUUAUAUUUUAAACUGUAAAUAGCCUGUUAUCAAGAUUCGGAAUCUAAACCACCAGCUCCCAGUUCUGUAUAAUCAUCAACUUCAAAUUAAUACUAGUGGCCGGUUCUUUAUAAAAUUAAGUGUAAUAGUAUGUAAUUGUGUUUACGGACGAAUGUUUAACAUAUAAACUUAAAGAUGCACUCUUACUCCUAAAUAGAAUUACCACAAUUAAUAUAAUUGUUUUAAUAUACCAAAAAGGAUGAAUAAAUGUCAAAAACAAUGGUUCUUAUUAGGGAUACCGAGUUUAAUUUGAAAGAAAGGUGCAGAAAGCAAGGUAUUUCAAGCAUAUGGAAUUAAAGUAGAUCAGAGCAAAAUCUUUUAGCAUUCACCAAUUAUUUAAUAAUUUUUUUUGCGUUUUCAGCUAGUAUUGACAUGGUCAUAAUCUUGUUAUUAGUAAUUAAUAAUUUCCAAAAGUGCAUUAUUUGGUAAGUAGUUUAAGGUUUAUCACUCAAAAUAUGUGCUUGUUGUAUAUGUGUAUAUGUGCUGUAUUGAUUUUAAAUAAGAGCGUCAAUUUAAUAUUAAACACGUUAUGAGUGUAAUAGCAUAGUAGUUACAAAUGUUUCAUUCUUUGUAGUGAAUGUUGUUAAAUGUAAAUUAGUCACCAAAAUAUUAAAAAAAAACUGCUUUAUCUUAUCUUAUGUCAAGCUUUUAAUUUUCGCACACAUAUAAACGAAUAAAAUAUUACUCAAGCGUA